CUAUUCUUCCCUUGACGGGGACCAUGAUUUGUGAGAUGUAGCACCUGGGAUCCAUUCCGGCUAUAAAUCGUGCCCUAUUCUUCACUUAACGGGGACCACGAUUUGUGAGAUGUAGCACCUGGGAUCAAUUCCAUCUUCGUUGCUCUAGGGAGGAAACAACAAUGAUUUCGUGGUUCAACGACUUCCCUGUGUUGCAGGUAGAUCGACGAAGUCUCUCCAUGCCAUGUCCCGUCUCUCUCAUUUCUUGUAGUAGAAUACUCUGUAGGGGUGGAGGGUCGCAUUUGAGUUGGUAUCUUCCGAGUUUCAUAUGUAACACUACUCUUACGAGAUACCUUAUAGGCGGAGGAAGCUUGAAUAUGAUCUCAGUACUGACUGCUGUGUUCUUGUCCUGACUGUGCUGAAGGGGUGCAUCAGGGUCUACAAGUUACUGCCAAAGCUACUGCAACCAUUAUUGCUGAAUGUCUUGAUUAUGCUUGAGCGAGUUUUACUUGUAUGCUGAGAUAUUUUUAUGUUUCGUUUUGAUUUUUUGGUAGUCGUUUGUCUGUAGGUGUGGUGUGAGUGUCCGUUUUGCAUCUGAACAAAAAAAAAAAAGUUUGUUGGGAUUUGAGCUUGGUGUGC